AUGUGCUGUGGAAAUUUGUGCUUUUUGAUCGUUGGCUGCAGAACAAAGUCAAAGAAGAUAGAUAAGCCAGAAGGAUAUCCAGCAGCCCCAAAAAGAAUUAUCUGCUCUCACUGUGGAAAUAUGGCAGAUUCUGAAUACAGAAGGUAUAGCUACAGGUGUCAUCUUUGUUUCAUUCCGUGUCUUCCAUGCGGACGAAGUGAUCCUUAUCUUGCAUGUGUAGCAUGUGGAAGAGAUCUAGGAAACAUUGGCGAUCACAGAUGUACCAAUUGUGAUGUUGCUACCACAUAUGAGACAAAUAAUUGUCCAAAUUGUGGAGCAUCAAAAAGAGGAGGUGCAGCAGGUGGGGGAUAUAGAAGAUUGGACACAAGAUAG